GUAACGCCACUGUGCGCUAUAUUUUCACUCCAUGGCGGAGGAUGGCGCUGUUAGAGAGGACAGACAUCCGUCAGCCAGCAGGACACCUUCAGCACGUUUCACAACAUCCAGCUGCAUGAACACAUUCAGAGGAAUGAGCUGCGUGUUUUCUAACAGAGCUCGCAUGAAGCUGCUCGCUGCAGCUUUCACCUCCUGCAGAUGUUUCCACGCUGAACAGGUAAGACUUGAAUCCAGCGGGCUUCCCAUUAUUCAUCACAGCCAGUAUGUGUGUGACCUCCCAGACAAGCACAGGUUCCCCAUGAACAAGUUCCCCCGAGUUUUCCACUUUCUACUCAAAGAUCAGGUGAUCACAGAGAAACAGGUGUGGUACCCUGAAAUAGCCUCUAAAGAUUUACUCAGCUGUGCGCACACAGAGGAAUACUUGGACAACUUCAUUAACGGGAAUGUAAAUGAGCAAGAACAAAGGAGGACGGGUUUCUCCUGGAGCGAAGGCCUGGUGAGACGCUGUCGAUAUGAAACAGGUGGGACCGUUCUGGCUGCUCAGGUCGCUCUGCAGAGAGGACUGGCCUGCAGCACAGCAGGAGGAACACAUCACGCUUUCCCAAGCUUUGGUUCAGGGUUUUGUCUCCUCAAUGACUUGGCAGUUACAGCCAAAUACCUGAUCUCCUCACCUAAAAGGAAGGUUCUGAUUGUGGAUCUAGAUGUGCAUCAGGGUGACGGCACUGCUUUCAUUUUCAAAGAGGAACCGUGUGUCUUUACAUUCUCGGUGCAUUGUGGGAAAAACUUCCCCCUCCGUAAACAACAGAGUGACCUAGAUAUCAGCGUGGAGGUUGGGUUGGAAGACAAGGAGUACCUCUCUACAGUGGAGGCUCACCUUCCAUGGCUGCUGGAGACUUUUCGUCCAGACCUGGUGCUGUACGACGCCGGUGUCGACCCUCAUUGGGAAGAUGAACUCGGGAAGCUCCGUCUGACCGAUCGAGGGCUGUUUCAGAGAGAUCUGUAUGUGAUGAAGAGCGUGGUGAGCAGGGGUGUUCCUGUCGCCGCUGUGAUUGGAGGAGGAUACUCGAGAGACAUCGACAAACUGGCCCUCCGACACUCCAUCCUACAUAGAGCAGCAGCUCAGGUGUGGAGGGAGUGUGGAAUGUAAAACCUUUCAUACUGUAAGUCAAGAGGACCAUCACAUCCCAACUGAGACAAUGCCAAUACUGAAGUUUGGGAAUAAAAGAAACCUGUUUUAUAUACUGUAUAUUUAUAUGAUAUAAAAUGUGGAUUGCUAACAAAUGUUUCUGAGCCUUUGUUAUAUUGGACAGGAUAUUUGUAGUAGUUAUAUAAUUGUCCAUCCAGUGUAUGAAGUGAGCUCUACUCAGAAUAUUUUUAGUGCUCAUAAGAUAAGAUAAGAUAAGAUAAUACUUUAUUGAUCCCACAACAGGGAAAUUUACUUAUUACAGCAGCGAAAAAAUAGAAACCAAGGAGGGAAACACAAGUGUACAUAUUUACAAAAAGUACUAGAGUAUAAUAUGAUCAUGCAAAUGGCUCUAAAAUACUGUAUGUCAUAUGUCGGCUGAAGAGAUGAUUUAAGAAGAUGUUAAACUUUUUUUUACCUCAUCAAGAUAUUGCAUCAGCAGUAACUGUGCAACUAUUAAAUAUAAUGUUAUUGAACUUUAUCAUUUGUGGUGGUCUGAUGCACUAAAUAACACCUACCAAAUAAUUUCAGGCGUCAUUCGUGAACAAAAAUAUUUAAUGAGGAAAAACAAACAUCAGCUCACAUCAGACAUUAAGGUACCAGUGUCACGUCAGAACAAGCACAGUUGGUCCACUCAUACUGCAUUGAUAAGGUUGGGUACUGUCCUUGGCACAAUGGGUACAGAUAACCAGUAUGUUUCAAGUUUCACCUAUUUCUAUGUCAUCCACUGACCUCAAGCAGCAACAUAUUAGUGGUACAGUGCAAUGUUUAUUCACAGUAUAUGAGGCAGUCGAUUUUCUCCCGAAACAUACCAGUGGUACGGUUCAGCUUGUUACGUCAACAAGACGAGACAGUAUACAACUAUUACAGACACCAAGCACGCACACACACACGCAUACAAACUGGGCAACACGUUCUUUGAAACACAACAAGCAAAUGCACAAAUGUUUUGGAAGAUAUUCUGCACAACUUUUCAGUGUUAUGAUAGAUUACAUAUGAGCAGUUUAAGAAGUCCGUCACAGAUGCUUGCUUCAAGAACGUGCGGUUGUAAAAACAGGCAGACAAAAAAACAA